AUGGAGACUCAGAAUGUCUUCACUUCGACGCCGGCGCAGGUACCGGCGACCCCGCAGAGCAUGCUUAUUAGUGCGACAGUCACGGCUGCUCAGACGCUUGUGGAACACCUGCAAAUCCUUCUGGAUCAAGAUGGCACACAGCUCAUGCAUGUAAAGACCAUUGCGAGUGUGCCUCACAUGUGUGCACUUCUGAUCCGAAUGGCUCACAGCGGGCAGCUCUACUGCUACAGGUGCAGCAUGGCGGACCACGGGUCUGAUAGCGAAGCCAUCGACUUGGCGGAGGCAGCUCGGGAUGAUCGAGGACACCCAGCGAUGCUGGGACCUUCGCCAGCGACCCCAGGGGGCACACCCCUGCCGCGUGGACCGCCGCCCCCACGGCCAGUUCAGGAGCAGCAGCAAAUGGCCCAUCACCUAUCAGGACACAUCGCUCAGGCAUUCGCUGAAAGCGGGGUGCCAAUCACCCAAGUGCUCACGAUGAUGCCAGAUGCGUGGUGGUUGCUACGGAAUCUUCGAGUCCAGAUCGACGAGCUUCCAGCAAGCUACUCAGAGCACCCCAAUAUUCUACAUACGGGGGACCUCACUGACACCGAAGGUCAGGAGGAGGAGCGGGCCAACGAGGACACCGACCAUGACCAUCCCGACCGCGACCCGGGUGGCGACACGGAGGCCAGAACAACCAGGGAGAUUAGGGCGGCCAUGAACGCUGAAGGUCGGACUCUUAUGACUUCUACGGAAACCGAACGACUGACAGCAUUGAUGACAGGGCUGCCAGAGGAAGAGACUUCGAGCGAGGAGGACCUCUCCAGGGCCAGAUCUUCUUCGGAUUGGGUGUCGACGGAUGCUCUUCGAGCUGCUCCCAGGGGCCCAUGGAGCAUGGAGGUACUCUAUCAGUUCGAUGACAAAGAACGGGGCCGGAUGGCACAGCUCAUGUGGUACUACUCAAGGACACGCUCUUCAACAACACGACAGGCUGGCAUGUUCAUAACCUUGACGAACUUCAUUUACAAUGACAAGCAGUUUUCAUCCGAAGGCACGAAGUACCGCUACAACCACCACGACAGCUGGACGUCUGAAGCCGUUCCGGCGAAGCACGUGGGUCCUGCCGCGAAGGCGGCGCUUUUUAUGGAGGCACAUGGAGACAUCAUCAGUGGAGGCCUACAUGCAUCCAUCUUCCGCGAACUCACUACUUACCUUGCGGAUGAGGGCAUUGAAGUCUGUGUUGUACAGGAGACACAUUGGAACUACGAUGCCAACUGGAGCACCCCGGACUUUCACUUUGUGCAUUCCUCAGGACACGAAAAGGAAGACAAACAUGGAGGCGUCUUAACCAUCAUAUCGACCAAGGUGGCGACCAACUUGGAACUGCAGUACCACGUGCUCUGGCCGGGCACAAAUAUCUCCUACGACUUCGACACGCCCUCAGUGGACAACAACGACUUUAUGUCCAUCCUUACCUCAUACCAUCUCACAGCUUUGAAUACCUGGAACAGGCAGCUGUCGUACAACACUUUCCUGUGGCAAGCUGGCGAGAAGGAGCAAACCAUCAUCCUGUGCAGGAUUGACAUCAACGGCAUUAUCGAGGACCUCAAGGCGAAAGAGCCCCCGCAGGCCCUGCUCACUCUCAGAGACUGCAUUAGCCAAGGACUUCGUGAAGAGACCUGGGACACCCUUCCGCGGCUGGAGGUAGGUUUGAUCAAGGCUGCCCAGGAGCUCUAUCCCAAGCACGCUCCCAACGACCCGAAUCAAGAGGCGGACUUGAAAUUAUCACAUUGUGCCCGUCGCAUGUGGGCACUUUUUCGCGAGAUGCGGACACACCCCUUCAACAUGCACGGCGUCUUCCACUCCUGGAAGCAAUGGGCUCAGUUCACCAAAGCACACAAAGAACAUAAACAUCGUGCCAAAGAGCGUAGCAAAGCAUGGAGACGUGAUCUUAUUCUGAAGGCACAACAAGCAGCUGAAAACCACAAUAUGUUCCAGAUCUGGGAGGUGGUUAAGAGUUUAGCACCGAAAUCCAAGCGCAAGAAGUUACAACUCUACAGGAACGGACACAUGAUGACUCCCGAAGCUGAGCUCGACUGGAUCAUCGAGGAGUUUGGCGACCGGUCUGUCAUCAAUGGAGCUCCCCGGUUCUACAGGUACAACAAGAAUGGGCCGACGCCACAGCCAAUUGGUCUGCAGCAUCCGGUUGGAAAGGGCAUCAUGAAGAUCAUCAUAGCACAGGCAAAGGACCAAAUACAUGCAAUGGUCCGACAAUGGCCGCAGUGCGCAUAUGUGCCCAACAGGAGCACUACCACGGCGCUCAAAAGGGUCUUCAAGCACUGUGCCAAGGUACGUCAAGCAUGCAAUCAAAGUCGUCUGAACUUACACCAGCUCAAGGAUGGCGAACACCCCAUCCGGAACUAUGGAGGACUCCAAAUUUGCAUGGAUCUAUCUGCAGCUUUCGAUCUUGUAUCAUGGGCAUCUAUCAAAGAAGCCAUGGAAAUGGCACAGAUCAACCCCAGCAUCCAGGAGCUUCUACUGCAGUGGCUCUGUCAGCUUCGCUACACAUUCCAGCACAAGGGAAUGGAGAAAGACAUCUGGCCCUCAUGGGGAUUGAGGCAGGGAUGCAUCGCGAGUCCUGUCCUGUGGGCUGCUUUUACCGCUCUGCUGAGCCAAGCAAUUGACAAACGCCUAGAGGAAACGUGGAGUUCUGACCACUCCACGAUGUACGCUGACGACACGCACUUACAAUGGACUUUUCACAAUCUUCAAGGCUUCGAACAAGCCAUUCAUGAGCUCAAUAGAGUGAUAGCUGUCUUCAGGAGACUGGGAAUGAAGGUGAACAUCAACAAGACCAAGGCUAUCCUCCGAGUUACGGGACACAUGAAGCACCACAUCCGGAAACAUUACAUUCGAUCUCACGGUAAAGAACGUAGACAGCUUCUUUCCCCAGGUGACCCUUCAGGAUGGAUCCAACUGGUGGACCAGGUGGAAUACCUAGGUCUGAUCAUCUCUUAUGACAACUUUGAGCUGCAAUCUGUCAAGCAUAGAAUCAAUAAGGCUCAUAACCGUCGAUGGUCCCUGGCCUCGAUUCUCCACACCAAGAAGGUCUCGAUUUCCUACAAGCUCAACCUCUGGCGCAGUUGCGUGCUUUCCACUAUGUUGUACGCCCUCCACAGCCUGUGUCUUGGCGCAGGACAGAUCUGCUUGCUACAACGAGCCCUCAUGCGACACAUCAGGGCUAUCGUCUCGGACCAGGCUUUUCUCACAGGACAUACACACGAGGACAUCAUGACAAAGUAUCACAUUCAAACUGCGCAGGAACUUCUUGAACGAGCACAUGAGCGCGAACAGCUCAAUGCGGACUCGAGUGAUUGGAUAGUGGAUUCAGACUGGAACCGAUCUAUCUCCAAGGCUCUGCUCGAGGCGGCACAAACCAAGGAGCCCGAAUCCGACACCGAGAAGGCCAUUUGGGCCUGUCCGCUAUGUUCUGAACAAUUUAUCACACAGGCAGCCCUCAAAAUCCAUGCCAGACGAGCGCACAAAAUUGUGGCCCAGCGGAAGAACAUCUUCAACCGCCUCGUGCACUCAGUCGGUGGGCUACCUCAGUGUGCUAGUUGCUUCAAGCGCUUCAGCAAAUGGCAGACCCCACUGCGGAUCAAUCCAAUCCGCAUGAAACCGAAUAUGGCCUACGGGGACCCGGACUGGGACGAGUUCUUUGGCGAACUCCACGGGGAGGACUUGCCGAUGACGAAUGAGGAGCUCAAGGUUCUCAAACAGGACACGGCCCUGGUGCUCUUUCUUCGCCCAGGGGAGGACAACGUGCUACACCACCUCUACAAAGUGGCGGCGCACUUCAAAGCCAAGCAGGAGCAGGACGCCACAUGGCAACUGGGACAGAAUCCUCUUCGCAUGGUCUUGGCCAUAGCACUCUUCAAGGAAGUCACGGACCGCCUGAACCAGACCAUUGCUUCGCAGGAAAAGCUGAAGAGAGCGGUGGAUCAAGGAUGGCGAGAUCCACAAGCGGGCUGGAGAUACCAAGUUUGGAACCACAAAACCAAACAACUCCAGGUCGAUGCCAGUCGACCACCGAUUCCGGAAGACAAACUUCUCGACCACUUCGCCACCAUCCUUCAAUGCCUUCGUCAGCCCAUCGUCAACCGCUUUCGAUGCACGAGAAGAUUAACAGAAACAAUGUCCAGCCCAGCAACCUUCAAACUAGACAUGUCAGUUCGAAGCCACAGUGCUCUGACGAUGUGGGACACUCUGAAGAUGUUGCAAGGGAAUGCGGUUUUCCAACUUGCUGGAAUGGCCUACAAGACGGAAAGCCUGGCCAGAGGGCCAGUGGAGCAGAAGAUCGCGGAGAUGGUGUAUGGCAGGAGGUUGACAGAUGAUCCUCGGUGGCUAACGCUGAUCGAUGAUUGGGGUGAGGUCCAUCGUCAACAUGAUGUGUGUGAAUUUCUUGAACACAUACUGCAAAAGAAUGACUAUGGUUUGUUCCAAGGCACAUGGCAGGCAAGGUCGCCUACCAUGGCAGGGGAGAUGCAGCUUGUGGAUACAGGGCAGUGCACUCAAUCCAUUGUUCUUCACAUGCCUUCAACCUACCCUACGACAUCGGCCAAUUCACUUACGAUUCAAUCCUUGGUGGACACUUGGUGCAGGGGAAUUGACAGGAUACAUGGUCUGACAGUCGCGCCCCCGGUGAUCCUACUUCAGCUUCAUCGCUUCACCAAACAGCGUGAUCGUGUUCUCAAAAAUCACCUCAAGGUGCAGCUGGACCACGUGAUCCAAAUGCCUUUCUUUUCUGGGGACAGGCACAAUCUGUCGCAUCGUUCAUACAAGCUCAAAGCAUUCAUUGAACACCAUGGAGCCACACCCACUUCAGGACAUUAUACGGCCAACCUGGUCAACGAUGAGGGCUCAUGGAGCUGUGACGAUGGCAGAGCAGCCAAAGUGAAAACCAUGCGGGGUGAGCGACAUCCCACUAAAACUGGCUAUGCUCUUUUCUACAGUCUCGACGCUGCUCUUGCCACAUCUUCCGAUGAAGGUUUGGCACACACUGGCGACACACAUGCUAGCACAUAA